GCGGCGCGAGCCGGGUGCCUGAGAACGUUCGCCGCGCGGGCGGCUCCGGGGCCUGAGCGGGUGCCGCCACCGCCUCAGCCUCUGAGGCCGGGCCGGCGGAGGCGGAGGAGGCGGAGGACGCUGCGGCCGCCGGAGAGCUUUUCGACGCCCCCAGCUCCGGCCGGGAAGAUGAUUGAGGAAAGUGGGAACAAGCGGAAGACCAUGGCAGAGAAGAGGCAGCUGUUCAUAGAAAUGCGUGCUCAGAAUUUUGAUGUCAUACGACUAUCAACUUACAGAACAGCUUGCAAAUUGCGAUUUGUGCAAAAACGAUGCAACCUCCAUCUUGUUGAUAUCUGGAACAUGAUUGAAGCCUUCCGAGACAAUGGCCUUAAUACACUGGACCAUACCACUGAGAUCAGUGUGUCUCGCCUCGAGACCGUCAUCUCAUCCAUCUACUACCAGCUGAACAAGCGCCUUCCUUCUACUCACCAAAUCAGUGUGGAACAGUCCAUCAGCCUCCUCCUCAACUUUAUGAUUGCUGCAUAUGACAGUGAGGGCCGAGGCAAGUUGACGGUAUUUUCAGUUAAAGCUAUGUUAGCAACCAUGUGUGGUGGAAAAAUGCUGGACAAAUUGAGAUAUGUUUUCUCCCAGAUGUCAGAUUCCAAUGGCUUAAUGAUAUUUAGCAAGUUUGACCAGUUUCUGAAGGAAGUUCUGAAGCUCCCAACAGCUGUCUUUGAAGGGCCAUCUUUUGGUUACACAGAGCACUCAGUCCGCACCUGUUUCCCACAGCAGAAAAAGGUAAUGCUAAAUAUGUUUUUAGACACCAUGAUGGCCGAUCCUCCCCCCCAGUGCCUUGUCUGGCUACCUCUCAUGCAUAGGCUUGCCCACGUUGAGAAUGUCGUCCACCCCGUGGAGUGCUCCUACUGCCGGCGUGAGAGCAUGACGGGCUUCCGCUACCGAUGCCAGCACUGCUACAACUACCAGCUCUGCCAGAACUGCUUUUGGCGCGGCCAUGCCAGUGGCCCCCACAGCAGCCAGCACCAGAUGAAGGAGCAUUCCUCCUGGAAAUCCCCUGCAAAGAAGCUGAGCCAUGCAAUUAGUAAAUCCUUGGGGUGUGUACCCACCAGAGAACCUCCACAUCCUGUUUUUCCUGAACAACCAGAGAAACCACUUGACCUUGCAAAUAUAGUUCCUCCUCGCCCUCUGACGAAUGUGAAUGACACCAUGGUGAGCCACAUGUCCUCCGGGGCUCCCACUCCCACCAAGAGGUUACAGUAUAGCCAGGAUAUACCCAGUCACUUGGCUGAUGAGCAUGCGCUGAUAGCCUCCUUUGUGGCCCGUCUGCAGCACUGUGCACGUGUCCUGGACAGUCCUAGCCGACUGGACGAGGAACACCGGCUUAUAGCUCGCUAUGCUGCCCGGCUGGCUGCAGAGGCAGGAAACAUGACCCGUCCUCCCACCGACUUGAGCUUUAACUUUGAUGCCAACAAACAACAAAGACAGCUUAUUGCAGAACUGGAAAACAAAAACAGAGAGAUCCUGCAGGAGAUUCAGCGUCUCCGUCUGGAGCAUGAGCAGGCUUCCCAGCCCACCCCGGAGAAGGCCCAGCAGAACCCCACACUGCUGGCAGAGCUGCGGCUGCUGAGGCAGAGGAAGGAUGAGCUGGAGCAGAGGAUGUCAGCGCUGCAGGAGAGCAGGCGGGAACUGAUGGUCCAGCUGGAAGGGCUGAUGAAGCUGUUGAAGGAGGAAGAGCAAAAGCAGGCAGCUCAGGCCACAGGAUCGCCGCAGACAUCGCCCACUCACGGAGGCGGCCGUCCGAUGCCCAUGCCCGUGCACUCCACCUCCGCUGGCUCCACACCCACCCACUGCCCGCAGGACCCGCUGAGCGGAGUCGGCGGGGACGUGCAGGAGGCCUUCGCCCAGGGUACGAGGAGAGACCUCCGCAGUGACCUGCUGGUGGCCGCUGACUCCAUCACCAGCACCAUGUCAUCCCUGGUGAAGGAGCUCCACUCAGCAGGGGAACGUGCAGAGGAAGAAGAAGAGAAGAUGCAGAAUGGGAAAGACAGAGGUUAGCGGAGGAGCCGGGACAGAGAGGAAGCGCGGGCACAGGGGACAUGG